AUGACAAAGGUAGUCCAUGUGAUUGACGUUGAGAGUGGAAACUUGCAAUCCCUCUCGAAUGCCAUCAAGAAAAUCAACCCAUCAUACGAAAUUAGAUUUAUCCACAAUGAAGCCGAGUUUCUUGCUGAAGAUUCUCAAAUUGAAAAAUUGAUCUUUCCAGGUGUUGGUAACUAUGCCCACUUUGUCAGACAAAUCUACGAACGUAACUUGGAUAAACACAUCAGAAACUACAUCGCCAAGGACAGGUGUCUUAUGGGCAUCUGUGUUGGACUACAAGCGUUUGUGCUGACUUCAGAAGAAAGUCCUGGUGAGAAGGGGUUGAGCAUAUUGGACUUGAAUUUGCAAAAAUUUGACGUCAAUGACCCAGAAUACAAGGCUCAAAACAUCAAAAAAGCGGUACCGCACAUUGGAUGGAAUAGUAUUGAAGAGAUUACCGUGGGUUCAGAAGAAGAGUUACCUGCUGGUAAGUCUCUAUUCAGUAUGAAUUUGAGAAACAAGUACUACUUUGUUCACUCAUAUGCUGCUAUUCUUGAUGAUUUGCAACUGCAACAAAUUGAAAACUUAAAGACACAAGGAUGGAAUUUUGCCCUUGCAAGGUAUGGAUCGGAAAAGUUUGUUGCUGCAAUCAGCAAAGGUAACUUGUUUGCUACACAAUUUCAUCCUGAAAAAUCGGGUGUUGCCGGAUUAAAGAUUAUCAAGAGUUUCCUUGAGGGUGAGAAAUAUGCUGAUGUUCACCACUCAGAUGUCCAAGAACAACCUGUUGGUGUCGAGAAAACAUUGAGUGGAUUAACUAGAAGAAUAAUUGCCUGUUUAGAUGUGAGAACAAAUGACGAUGGUGAUUUGGUGGUGACUAAAGGGGACCAAUACAAUGUGCGAGAAACAGCUCCAUCUGGAGGCGAAGAUUCUGGAAAUGCGAAUGCGAAAGAGAAAGAAAAGGCUAAAGUGAGGAACUUGGGUAAACCUGUGGAGCUUGCUACGCGAUACUACCUUCAAGGUGCUGACGAAAUCACAUUUUUGAACAUAACAUCAUUUAGAAACUCGCCAUUGAAGGAUUUGCCAAUGUUGCAAGUGUUGCAGAAAGCAGCCGAGACAAUUUUUGUUCCACUCACAGUGGGUGGAGGUAUCAAAGAUAUGGAGGACCCAGAGACAGGUAAAAUGGUUCCUGCUUGUCAAAUUGCUGAUCUUUAUUUCCGCUCUGGUGCUGAUAAGGUUAGUAUUGGAUCAGAUGCUGUUCGUAUUGCAGAAGAGUAUUAUGCAAACGAUAAGCAAAAGAAAGGUACAUCAGCAAUCGAAACAAUUUCCAAAACUUUUGGAAAUCAAGCCGUUGUGAUUUCUGUUGAUCCAAAGCGCUUUUAUGUCAAAUCGCCAAGUGACACAUCAAUGCAGACUAUUCACAUUACAGACUCGACAAGAUACGGACCAAAUGGCGAACAAUAUUGUUACUACCAAGUCACUUCACAAGGUGGUCGUAAAGUCCAUGAAUUGGGAGCACUUGAGCUUUGUCAAGCUUGUGAGGAGUUGGGUGCUGGUGAGAUUUUACUAAAUUCCAUUGACCAUGAUGGAUCCAAUGCUGGGUUCAAUUUAGAAUUGUUGAAUCAGAUCAAGUCACAAGUUUCGAUACCAGUUAUCGCUAGUUCUGGUGCUGGUAAUCCAAAACAUUUCCAAGAAGUGUUUGAAAUGGAAUGUGGUAUAGAUGCUGCAUUGGGUGCAGGGUUAUUCCACCGUGGCGAAUAUACUGUGAAUCAAGUGAAACACUUUUUGCAGGACGAGGCCAAGAUGGAUGUCAGAUUGGAUGAUACUGUAGAAUUAUGA